AACGAUUUCUUCCUCCCGAGAUGGCACGAAGGUUUGACGGGCUCUCACCGACCACUCUACGUCUGCGUCUCAAGGAGGAAAUUCCCUCUCUCUCUCGGAGAGCAUCUUCGACAACAUCCUUGAGCACAAGAUUGAUGGGGAAGUGUUUUUGAGUCUAAAUGAUGAAAAUCUGCGUGAAAUAGCUCCACUCCUUGGCGACCGUUUUGAAAAUCAAGCGGUUGAUAUCGGAAACACUUGUGAAACUGGACACUCCUCCUAGCAGCACAUCACCUAAUACCCCCUCAACUGUUGCAAGUGAGAAGUAUACUUCUACACCAUCCGUUUCGCGGACAUGGAUGUGUCCACGUCGUUCCCUGACUGAUACUACCUCCGCAGAUUUAGUUGAUGACUCUGCAACUCCUACUCCUCCAUCAACCCUAUCGUCUGCUGUAUCGUCUACAGAUUCGGAAGAUGAUGAUUCUCUUCCUGAAAGGUGUAAUAAAGAUGUUUGUGAGAUUAAUCAUGGAGAGCCUUCCUCACCUGGGGGACCUAAGUUGGAUUGGGCUGAAGGGCUGGCACUACCAACUAGAUUUUCAACCCCUACGACGAAGGCAAUUGAAACAGGUGUUCUCACAAAGAGUGCCCGUGUAGAGAUCGUCCAUUCUGUGUUGAUGUUGAUGCACACAUCCCGCCCAACACCACAUGAUCUUGACACAGUCUCAAGGCGGGCUUAUCGAGAAGCAUCCAAAACUACGGGACACUGUCGACAAAGGAUAUGGAUCUUGGAGAAGUAAACUACGCACAAAGUUUAAAAAUUUGCGCCGUCCUAACCGUGCACAGAAAGCAGGUAUCAUAGUUCCUCCUCCAUCAAAGAGAGCGAAGAUUCCUGGCCCAACUCCAGCAUCACCAUCUGCAUCUGAUACUGCUGAAUAUGACAGGCAUGUUAGCUUUCUCCAGCGGUCCUUCAUGCCAAAGAAGUGGUCGUUGGCUAGCAUGCUGACCGUGCUUGAGGAGACUGCGGAACUUCGCCGUACCUGGAUUCGCGAGGAGAAUCCAUCUGUUAGCGAGAUUUUGAAAAGUUUCCUUGCCUUUCCGAUUCACGAAUUAUGUUGAACGAGUUCUGUUCGCUCACUGGGGCAGAAGAGUGCGAGUUCAAGGAAAAUUGGGGGAAGUAUGAAAAGCUUGUGUUCAAAUAUGCACCCCUCGAGCAGAAAAAAUCACUCAAAAUUCUUUUGCAUCAGUAUCAUGCUGAGGAGUGUGACAAUGAUGAUAGAACUGCAGCUUACACUCUGGACUUGCUCUAGGCUCUAUUGUCUACUAACCGGUCGAGUGGACAGCCGCUUAUUUCUAUCUUUGAGGUUUGUGUAAUAAUUUCUUGUGCACAUAAUAAUAUACCUAUAUACAUACUGGUAGGUGGCGAGGGAGAGUGAGCCAAUAACACACAAACCUACCAGCUGUAGUACAGAGAGCAGCUUAUGUAUAUUAGCAGCACGAAAGUAUGAAGACAGAAUAUAAGCAGCAGUAGAUGACACCCGCAUAUGUUAGCACAUGUAGCGCAGGCUUUUCAAUGUGUGAUGCGCCAUUUCGCACAGUAUGUGACAGUGCCUGUAGAGAAACUAGGGCCACAAGCGGACAACUAACCCUCCCUCGCCAAUGUAUGUAAUUACUUGUGUACAUUGAGACGAGACAUGUAUGAUAGUACUAUCUGCAUUUGUUUGUGUAGGGGGAAUCAUUGGAUAUUGAAGAAUGCAUUGCCGGCCUCAACACCACAUCUCCAUGCAUUGCUGCAUUUGGCGUUACACGUGACAAUAUAGCUGAUGUAAAGGUUAUUGUUGAAACUGAUAAUAUUUUACCUGUCAAUACUUUGUCAACCUCUAUUCAUGUUUGUUUUGCGUGUUAUUAUAUCUUCAAUAUUUCUUUUCCUCCGUAUAAGGACAUUUUCCUUUUUUUAGAAAAGUAUGUUUAUGGUUUAAAAUCAUCGCAAAAACUUCCCAUGUCUGUUGUUCUUGUACAUGAUGGGAUGG